UUCCCAAUGAAGUCCUCACCUUUCUAAUCAUUUCUCGACUCGUCAUCUACUAGACGGCUAUCUAGUUAGGCGGGUACAUGGGAAGCACCGUACGGUCAGCAUGGUAACCGGCUGCUGGAAUUUGAUCGAGGUACACAACCCGCCCCAGAGACGUCGCCAUGAACCUUUAAAUCUUGGAAACCCGAGUGGCUAAAUCUCGCACGGAUGUUCGAGACGAUGUCGUGUGCCACAUUCAUCCCAGCCGUUCGCCCGACGUUGGUCAACACACACAAUGCUUUCACGGCAGCAGGGGCAGUGAAGACGCUUGCCGAAAAUGUGCAGGGAUUAUCCCUCUUGGUAAUACAUGUUCCCCUUCCGCCCAGUGGUGACUCUCCUCCACAAAGGUGGUUCCAAGGUUUCCCACAAUCGCCGGAAGAAUCAAUGUGUCACACGCCGAGUCCGGCCCGUCUCGCUCGGCUGCCCAAGGGCGGUCGAAUAUGCAUCGGCAAGGUGGCAUCAGGAAGCAGCGCUCGUUAUACUGGCCUGGCCAUUGACCAAGUUCCUGAUAUGAAGCAUACUCCCGAGAUUCGCCUACGUUUUCAAGCUAGGAUGCGGCACAUCUUCCCCAACAGCUUGCCUACUUGCCGAUCGGGGACAUUAGUUCUAUGCUGGUGGUCGAUUAGUGCUCGUAAGGAUUGUUACGUGCCGUACCUCCAUUCUUGUACUCAGCAGUGUCGACCACGUCUUGAAGUUAAGGACUAUAAUAAGCAGCUAGUGCCUUUGAUACUUGGAGUGCAUGUUAUGAGUAACGUCGACCUGCGAGAUGUGUCGUCGCUCGUACUGACUGGGCUCAUUUCUAGGCAAAGAGUGAUCAAGCGAUGGAAGUCACAGGUUCUGCGCUCGAGGGUGCAUGCACAGACCAUAUGGGAAAAGGAUGAAAGGCAUCCAUCCAGCUGAUCGAGCCGUGUUUGGCCAGUCCGUCUCGUCGCGGUUCGGACAAGCCGCGAC